AUGGCACUGCAACUAGCUGACCAUUCAUGCAGGUACCUAAUGGGAAUAGUGGAAGAUGUGCCAAUUGAAGUAGGUGGAUGUAUAGUUCCUACAAAUUUCAUUAUCUUGCACAUGGAGGAAGAUCCCAAGAUACUGAUCAUCCUUGGAAGACCAUUCCUUACCACGACUGGAGCCAUCAUCGAUGUAAAAAAUCAUAAGCUAUCCCUGGAGAUCUGCAAGGAAAAGAUUGAAUUCGAUCUGUCAAAUUCUUCCAUCUGUAACCCCUCUUCUCAGGGAAGUUCUCGCGAAAUCAGCAUACACAAGAAAGGGGAGUACAGUUUCCAUGAGAGUUUCCCUCUAGCAAGCAGUGAGAAAUACAUCUGUCCUGCACGAGCGAAAUUUAAGGCACAGACUGGAGCAUCAACCCUAGAAGGAGGGUCGUCCUCCAACGGGUUCAACCCACACUGA